AUGUCGGGCGAGGCGUGGCUAUACCUGUUUGCGGUGCUUAUAAACGCCGUCAACCUCUUCCUCCAAGUCUUCUUCACCAUCAUGUACAGCGACCUCGAAUGUGAUUACAUCAACCCUAUUGACCUCUGCAACCGCCUCAACACCUACAUCAUCCCCGAAGUCGCCGUCCACGGUUUCCUCACCUUCCUCUUCCUUAUCAACGGUUACUGGCUGCCUCUCGUGCUCAACGUGCCCCUUGUCGCCUGGAACGUCAAGAAGAUCGUUGACAACACCCAUCUCUUGGACGCCACUGAGAUCUUCCGCAAGCUUAACGUUCACAAGAAGGAAUCUUUCACCAAGCUCGGCUUCCACCUCAUUCUGUUCUUCUUCUACUUGUACAGCAUGAUCGUGGCUCUCAUUAGAGACGAAGCUCAUUAG